AUAGCUCAAACUAAAGCAUUCCUUAAAAUCAGCUCACUCAUUCCCAAAACUUUCUUCAUCACUCUCUUUUUUUUUGGUAUACUUUUCCUUAGCCCCUAAGUUUUCUCUACCUUCAUCUUCAAAUCUUCUUUCACAUUCUGCAACAAACCCAUCAACAAGAUCCUUGGCUUCUCUCUGUUCUUCUUCAAUGGCAGACACAGAGUCUUACAUUAAACUACAAAGAUUAGGCUCCCAAAACCCUCCAAACCCAAACAAAUUCUACACUCAUUUCAUGUACAAAGCUGUCAUUGUUGCAAUUUUCCUAGUUGUUCUUCCUCUUUUACCUUCCCAAGCUCCUGAAUUCAUCAACCAAACUCUCCACACCAGAAGUUGGGAACUUGUUCAGCUUCUUUUAGUAGGAAUUGCAGUCUCUUACGGGCUUUUUAGUCGGCGAAACGAUGAAACAGAGAAAGAACACAGCUCAAAAUUCGAUAAUGCUCACUCGUAUGUGUCUAGAUUUCUUCAAGUUUCAUCAGUUUUUGAUGAUGAAACCGAUAGCUCAUCUGGGUCUGAUGACAACAAAUUGCAGACUUGGAAUUCUCAGUACUACAGAGGUGAACCAGUGGUGGUUGUAGCUCAAGAAAGCUCUGUUCUUGAAGAACAGAGCGGUACCGCUUCUCGGGUUGUCGAUAAACCCCUGCUUUUGCCCGUUCGGAGCUUGAAAUCUCGGGUUUCAAGCUCUGAUUUUGAUGAAUCAAUCAAUGAAUUGAGUAGCAAAAGCGGUGGUUCUCUGAGUAGGACUAGUUCUAAUUUGGGUUCGAAGCGUUUUUCGAGCAAUUCUAGUAAAUCAAGAAAUGGGGAAUUUGGAAGUUCGAUUGCUGUGGAUUUGGAGAAGAAAGUGGAUGAAAAUGAUGUCCUUCCUUCUCCGAUUCCAUGGCGAUCGAGAUCAGGGAGGAUGGAAAUGAGAGAAGAGAUUGACGGUGUUCCCCUGUAUUCUCUGCCUCCAUCAAUGGAGGAUUCUGAAUUCAAUCGGCUCGAAUCUCGAUCUUUCAGAGCUCAAUCGUCCCGAUCAUCUCGACCCAAUUCCGCAUCUCCUUCACCAAAAAAUCUCUCCCCAUCACCUUCUUUCUCAUCCGAAUCCCAAGCCAAGAAUGUCCAAGAAAUGGCAAGAAAGAAGAUUUAUUACAAGUCAUCACCUCCGCCAGCUCCUCCUCCACCACCACCGCCGCCGCCACAAUAUGGUCGGAAACCUCCUCUUGUGAAGUCCAAUUCUAGUCUGUCGAAUUCCGAGGUUGCGAAGGAAUUGAAGAGAAGUGUUUGGAGUGUACCAAAGGACUUGAUUGUCAAUGACAGAGAAGAGAUCCAAAGCAGAGCAAAUUCAGGGGCAGAGUCCAGGCCUAGAGUGCUAAGUGAUGGUUCAUUGAUGGGGAAGUCGGUUCGAACCACUAGACCAAGCGAAUCGAUUUCAGGGUCUAUGAGAGCCAGAGGAAUUGGUGAAGAUGGAUUGAAUGGAAAAUUGAUCCACGAAAGCACUUCUUUUAAGGCGGCUUUCGUGGAUUAUGAGAGGGAAGAGAAGCGAGAAUUUGGCGAAAAUGUGGUGGUAGAGACUGAUGACGACGAUGACAAUGAUAAUGAUGACGUCUUUGAGAGUGAGAAUUAUGAUGGGUUUGGAGGAGGAUCAGAGGUUGAAGAAGUUGGUUCGAGCAGUGUCGGUGGGGGCGAAGGGGGACCGGAUGUGAACAAGAAGGCAGAUGAGUUUAUAGCCAAAUUCAGAGAGCAGAUUAGGCUUCAGAGGAUUGAGUCAAUCAAGAGAUCAACUGGGCAAGUUGUUAGAAACUCUUUGAGGUAACUUGGGUGGAUUUGAUUUGAAUUUGGUUAUUUAUGUCUCAGUUUUUAUGUUUCCAAUUCAGUUGGUAUUAGAAGCUUUCAUGUUUCUUCUUUUUUGGGAGGAUAAUUAAUGGCCGUGAUAUUCAGAGAUUUGUAUGGUUUACUUCACAUGGUUGUGAGUUUAACAGAAAAGAUGGUUACUUCGUUUUCAAAGUAAUGUGAUUCCUCAUUUGGGUAAAACUUGUAAUGAUGAAAACUUCAAUUUAAUCUAACCAGUACUGAUGGAAGCAAAUUAUGAAGUA